AUGGAUGUUGUGAUUGAUAGUCGGGAUUCAGUGAGUAAUCUCGAUCAGUCCCGUUGGGGCAUAAAUCUGGACAAUUUACUGAAUGAUUCAGACGGUGUGGAAUUUUUCAACAAAUUUCUUUCCUAUAAACAUUCUGCAAGUCAUCUUCUUGAUUUCUGGUUCGCCUGCAAGGGCUUCCGGUCAAAUGCUGACCUGUCCAAUCCUGACAAGCUUUUUCAAGUCGCUAAAGUUAUUUAUAGGACUUAUAUAAAGUCAGGUGCUUCACAUGCAGUUCCGCUUCCUUAUAUUUUAAAACAAAACAUUAAUGAGUGCCUGUCGUCCUACCAUCAUGGGUACAAAAAAGGCCUCUCUUCCAAUGCUUCUGUACAACCCCCUGAUCGGUGUCUGUUUGACUCAGCACAGAAUGUUGUAAAAAGUCUUCUGGAGCAAAAAUAUUAUCCCGAGUUCCUUACUUUCAUCUCAUGUCCCAGCAAUUUAUUAUGUAUAACUUCAAGUGGACCACUCUGUUCUGACAGAAAAACACGAAACAAGUACCUCGAGUUUCUUUACUCAGACUAUAAACUGGAAAGUCGUCGAUCAAAUCGCACUAAGCACAAGUCAUUUUCUGAAUACAAUAGGUUUUCUGCUGAUCAAUCUCCUGGCGCCAAGAAUUUUCAUCCCUUAUUCACUCCAGAUUAUAACCUUGCCAAUAAUAAUAAUAAUUGUAAUAUACCUUCGACUUUGGAACAAAUUUCUACAAAUCCUUUUGUUCGACUAACUACCAGUUGGACAUCUUCAACAAUCCAAUCACCAAUUAUUCAUUCUGCACAACCUGAUUUUCACUAUGAUAAGUCAAGUAAAUCACAUCAUCAUCACCAUCGAUCAACUAGCCGUCAUCAAUUCUUUAAUAUUGACGACUAUCCAUUACCUGGUAAUAUUUCUAAAAUGCCUGCAACAGCGAAUGAUUCCAUAUUAACUGAUAGUCAUCUACAACAAACAGACAAUCAUGCAAAAGAUACAACCAGUUCAAAACGACAACAUGAUAGCAGUAACAUUUGUGACAGUCAAUCACAAUUCACAAAUCAACCGUGUUUUAUGAAUAAUAAUAAUAACAAUAAUAAUAAUAAUCCACAUCCUGGAAACGGCUCAAGUCAAUUAUUAACACAAGCACCUAUCACAUCUUCAUCAGUAAUAACAAUGCAGUCAGUGAAUUCAACAUCAAAUAAUGUUGAUUUACCAUUUAUGCAUUCGGUUAAUUUACGACAAACACAUCAAUCGGAUAACCUCAUAAAAGAGUCUAAUACUACUACUAAUAUAAUAAUAAUAAUAAUGAUAAUAAUCCUCCCAAAAUAA